UGCCCGCCCAGCGCCCGCGGCUCCCGCUUGGGUCCCCUUCAGCCUCUAGCGGCUAGGACCUCGCUUAGGGCGCUGAGUGGGCGCCGCCGCUGGGCGGGGUGCAGGGAUCUCGGGGCGGGGCUCACGCAUGGACGUAGCCAGGUGAGCCAAGGCGGCGGCGCCCGGGAGCUCGGGGACCGCGCACGGCUGCUGGAGCUUUGGGCCGGAGCACCAGCUUCACAGAAAAGGAUCUGAAGGAGGCCAAGGAGAGGAGCCAGCGGAUUGCAGCCCAGCUCACCACCCCUCCCAGCUCCAACUCCCGAGGGGUCCAGCUCUUCAACAGGCGCAGGCAGAGGGUGAACGAGUUCACCUUGGAGAGCCGAGGCCAGAGGUCACCAAAGCUCAGCCAAGAGGCCCUUCAAACAGGGCAUCCUUCCAGCCCCAUAGGCCAUGCCCCAGGGCUUAGUGUGAAUCCUACCUCUCCAUCGAAGCCAGGCUCUCCAAAGCACUCCAGCUCCCAAAGCCCCAGCCGAGGGGUCCCUGGCCACAUCAUGGAGGGGUACUCAGAGGAAGCCAGUCUGCUGCGGCACCUGGAGAAGGUUGCCAGUGAGGAGGAAGAAGUACCAUUGGUAGUUUACUUAAAGGAGAAUGCAGCCCUGCUGACAGCUAAUGGACUGCACCUGUCCCAGAACCGAGAGACCCAGCAGUCCUCACCAAACCCUCCUGAAACGGAGGAAGUGCCCAGCCCAGCUGCAGAUAUCAACCAGAACCCCUCCUCUCCCAAUGCCACGCUCACCACAGCAGCCUCUAACAGCCACCACAACCAACCCACCGCUGAUGUCAAUCAAAACCCCCCAGCCACUAUCACCCCUGUCCAACAAAAUUCAUCUGAGACACAGUGUUCCCCGAAUGGCACGCUUGAUUCCAAACCCAACACUCCAAGCGCUGAUGAUGGGCAGCGCCCGGUGCCAGCAGAGGAAGUGAGGUCCAGCAUUCUCCUGAUUGACAAGGUGUCCGCUCCACCAUCUGCCGCCAGCCCCUUCUCUAGAGAAGCUACUCCCCUCUCCAGCUCUGGGCCACCAGCUGCAGAUCUCAUGUCCAGCUCUCUGCUCAUUGGCAUGCAGCCUAGCACCCUAGUGGCAUCAGCAGAACAAGAGGUGUCUGGACAUGCAGCUGUCACCACGCCCACUAAGGUGUAUAGUGAAGUACAUCUCACACUAGCCAAGCCUGCAUCCGUGGUCAACAGGACCGCCAGGCCAUUUGGGAUGCAGUCGCCAGGGACUACCAGCCAGAUAGAGCAAAGUCCCAUGAUGGGAAGACGACAUUUUGGAGAGAAGGCCUGGGCUCCCCCAGCUAGCAGUAUGGCGGAUAGGAGUCCCCAGCCACAGAGGCACAUAAUGGCCCGCAGUCCCAUGGUAGAAAGGAGGCUGGUUGGGCAGCGAAGCCCGGUUGUAGAGAGACGCCCCUUAGGAAACUUUACCCCACCCCCCACCUAUGCGGAGACUUUGUCAACAGCCCCCGUGGCUUCCCAGGUUAGGUCUCCUCCCUCUUAUUCUACUCUGUAUCCCAGCUCUGACCCCAAGCCUCCCCAUUUGAAGGGCCAGGUAGUUCCUGCCAACAAGACAGGAAUUUUGGAAGAAUCUAUGGCACGCCGAGGCAGCCGGAAAUCAAUGUUCACGUUCGUGGAGAAGCCUAAGGUGACGCCGAAUCCAGACUUGCUGGACCUCGUGCAGACAGCUGAUGAGAAGCGGAGGCAGAGAGACCAAGGGGAGGUGGGCAUGGAAGACGAGCCCUUUGCCCUGGGAGCUGAGGCCUCCAACUUCCAGCAGGAGCCAAUAGCUCGGGACAGGUCCGGCCCUGCGGCAGCUGAGGAGACUGUCCCUGAAUGGGCUUCCUGCCUCAAGUCACCCCGUAUCCAGGCUAAGCCGAAGCCCAAACCCAACCAGAAUCUCUCAGAGGCCUCAGGGAAGGGGGCUGAGCUCUAUGCCCGCCGCCAGUCACGGAUGGAGAAAUACGUCAUAGAGUCGUCAGGCCAUGCGGAAUUGGCUCGCUGCCCUUCACCUACUAUGUCAUUGCCUUCAUCCUGGAAGUACACCACUAAUGCCCCUGGGGGCUUCCGAGUGGCGUCCUUAAGCCCAGCGCGGACUCCGCCUGCCUCUCUCUACCACGGCUAUCUGCCAGAGAAUGGAGUCCUGCGCCCAGAGCCUACCAAGCAGCAGCCACACCAGAUGAGGCCUUCACUCUAUGCUCUGUCGCCGGUCAAGGAACCUGCCAAGAUCUCAUCACGUGCCACCUCGUCACGCGCUUCGUCACGCACUGUCUCACCUCGUGCUGCCUCCCCGGCCAAGCCUAGCUCCCUGGACCUGGUGCCCAACCUGCCCAGAGCAGGCCUCCCACCGUCUCCUGCGCUUCCUCGGCCUUCCCGCUCCUCCCCAGGCCUCUACAAUGCCCCAGUCCAGGACAGCCUCCAGCCCACUGCCGUGAGCCCCACCUACAGCAGUGAUAUCUCCCCCGUGUCUCCCUCCAGGGCGUGGUCUCCUCGAGCCAAGCAGGCCCCCAGGCCUUCCUUCUCCACCCGGAAUGCUGGGAUCGAGGCCCAGGUGUGGAAACCUUCCUUCUGCUUCAAGUAACACAUCCCAGUGCCUGUCUUGUCCCCCCUUUCGGAGGGCCAGAGAGAAGAUGUGGCAGGAUCUAGCUCA